AUGUUUCAAAUGAAUUCAGCACUGGCUGCUAGGCGAAGGGUGGUACCUGAAAAGGUAGACACGACAAAUCACGACCUGUUCUAUCCCAAAAAGACUGUUGAAAAGCCGCGCCCUAACUCAGGGGCCACAUUAUUCGAUGACAUCGAUUCUGAGCGCGGCGAUUGGGAUGAACCUUACCGGCAGAGUAUGCAAUCGCUCAGUUACGGGAGCAACACUACUCUUUCGAGCCCUGAGUUACCAACUCCAGAUCUUCUUCCAAGGAAUCAUAUGCCUACCUUUCGGUUAGACCAGGAACAGAUCAAGGGUCCUUCCGGUCCUAGUUUGUUCGGAGGAUCUAGGGUUUCUAGAGAUUGGAGUGAACCUCAAGAUGUUGAGGUUUAUAUUGAGCCAUCAUCUUUGCACAAUUUUGAGCCGUCACCUAUCCAGGGUUUCGUCAAACGGUUUCCGUUGUCCCCUAAGACACCGCAGGCCUUUCGCAUCCGGUACCCUGACGUGUCUCACAUCUCAGAAGAGGAGAUUAGGAACUGGACUCCCACUGAGGUUGCUCAUUGGCUAUAUAUCAGUGGAUAUACCGACGCAAUCCGUGAGGCGUUCAUUGAAAAUGAUAUCACCGGCGAUGUUCUGAUGGCCUUGACAAAGGAGGAACUCAAGGAGCAACUUGAAAUCAAGUCAUUGGGCAAACGUCAUGAGAUUAUUGGAUCGAUUGAAUACCUCAUGAAGCACAUGCAGCCGGGGCAGAUUCCGGACGCCCCAUCUCAAUCCGAGGGGACAUUUUCUAAUGGGAGAUCUUCUCCUGAAUUGUUUGUCCCCCAGGAGUACGUCCACCAGGAGUUUGCCUACCAGGGAUUUGCUCCCCAGGAGGUUGCUCACCAGGGAUUUGCUUCCCAGGAGUUUGCCCACCAGGGAUUUGCUCCCCAGGAGUUGACCCCUGGAAGAGCCCCUCCCACAGAGUCAUAUUACCCAGCGUCUGUAUCACACAAAGACGAAGCUCUCUCUUCAUAUGCCAAUGGACAGACUGGGAACCAGACUACGACUGCAGAUGCUGUUUCAAUUGUAGGAAUCGAGGAAUUCCUUCCGAGGCACAAGUGCACAAAGGGGGAGCAAUGCAGCAAGUUUCAAAAACUCAAGCGGAAGCACCUACAGAAGCUUGCUACUGAAUACCCUGGCGCAGAUAUCCAGGGGGGCGCGGGAGGCGCUAUGUUCAUAGGUAGCCCCGGAAAUCCUGAAACCGCGAGAAAUCUUCUCCGACCCACGUCCGAGGCUGAGCUCUCAGUGGCGGCAUCUUCUGACGUUUUUGGCCCUCGGUCCGGUCCAAGACUGUCCGAGGCAGCCCUGAGCGAAGUAGGGCGCUUGGAUCCCCGAGAAACAAUCCAAAACUUCCUCAGACACCAGCAUGUCAAUGCCUUCCCCCAGCCUGGAUCCCUUGGGUUGGACACUUACAACCUCCCACCGGCAGAUGGGUUUGAGGAGAUGUCUUCGCUAACUGCUCAGCCAAACUCCAUGGCUGCAAAUUUGCGCAAUCUUCCAAAGCUUACAAUCCCGACAAGCCCAGUCACAGAAGAUAUGACAACUGCUGUUACCACCAACAGAUAUUUCACUCCCACUCAUGAGAAUGGAUCUCCCACUGCUGUACAGCAAUUUGGCCCAUUCAGUCACACCCAUCAAGAACAAGCAAUUGAGACCUACCGCCAAGGUACACCAUUCUCUGAAGUUGAUGUCCCUAUUACUGCAAUCCCAAGUGACCCGAUCUCCCGUGAUGUGUCUCAAUCUGUGCCCCCAAGCAUGCAAUACGGAAACUUGUUCCCCCCGUACCGUGCUGCCAGUUCCCUUUCCCGAAGCACCUCAACCCGUCUCGGUGGUGAUCUUCCUCUCCGUGAUGCCAAUUCCCUUGCACGGAGUACCUCAACCCGUCCCAGUGGUGAUCUUCCUCUGCGUGCUGAGAAUUACCUUGCACGAAGCACCUCGGCCCGUUCCCGUGAUGUUCUUCCUCUCCGUCAAGUGAACGAGAACAAGACUUUGACCCCGAUCGAGGGUCCAGAAGACCUAAUCCGAACCCCCCGCAUGAACCAACAUGCGUUCGGCGGUUCGCUAUCUUCUCUGGCCUCAAACCCGGAUGUUACCCAUGCGGGAUACAUGAAGACGCGCAAGACCACCAACAUGUUCAGACAUGAGUGGACCAAAGACCACUACACACUCCACGGCACCAACCUGGCCAGACACAAGGACGAGCGUGAUGCGCACCGUCUCUCACGUGCCCUGGAGAACAUUGAGGUUGACAAAUAUGCCGUCGCUUGCUCAUCACAGGCGACAAGCUCCAAGCUGACAUCCAAGUUUAAGCGAUCAAUCCUGCGCAGUGGAAACAAUAACACUGACAGCCGUGAUGGUACUGCUUUUUCUUUCUCUCUUAUUCCAGCCACUAAGGAAAGUCAGAAGAAGGCUCUCUUCGGAAACAACGCUGUCAAGACCCACCACUUCGCUGUCGAGUCUCGUGAGCAGCGUAUCGACUGGAUGCGUGAGCUUAUGCUUGCCAAGGCUCUGAAGAAGGGUCGGGACAGUGGCGAUGAUAUGGUUGUUAACGGGAAUGUCAUUUGA